AUGUCCAAGCCGAUCGAGAAAGAGGUCGCCGAUAGCAUCGGGCGUGUCGAGUCCAACUCACCUGGAGAGAUGGAACAGGUCAAUGAUCUCCGGCGGGACUUCAAGCCACGCCAGGUCUUCAUGUUCUCAAUUGCGUGUGCGAUUGGAACGGGACUUGUUAUUGGUACUGGGGGUGCAUUGUCCAGAGGUGGCCCUGGAAGUCUCUUGAUUGCCUACCUCCUCAUUGGAUGCACCGUCUUCUUUGUCAUGACGGCUAUUGGAGAGAUGGCGACAUUUCUCCCAAUGAACAAAGGGUUCGGCGGUUAUGCAACUCGUAUGGUUGACCCGGCUUUCGGAUUCGCAACCGGAUGGAAUUAUUUCCUCAAGUAUAUCAUCGCCACGCCAACAAACCUCACGGCCGCAGGGCUUGUAAUACAGUACUGGAGACCAGACCUCAAUGUCGCAAUCUGGAUUACAGUCUUUGGCGUUGCUAUCGUGACUAUCAACUUGUUGCAUGUCAACAGUUUUGGUGAAACCGAAUUCUGGCUAGGCAUUGCCAAAGUUCUCAUCAUGACUGUUCUAAUCCUCAGCACCCUCGUGGUUGCGUUAGGUGGUGGGCCAAACCACGAUCGAUCGGGUUUCCGAUACUGGAGAGAUCCUGGAGCAUUCGCUGAGUAUCUACUUGAGGGCCCAACAGGAAGAUUUCUCGGCUUCUGGGCUUGCUGCUGUCAAGCUUGUUUUGGAUUUACCGGAACUGAGGUCGUGGGUAUGACCUUUGGCGAGACCCCAAACCCCCGAAAGAAUGUUCCACGAGCCGUCAAGCAGACCUUUUGGAGAAUUGCUUGUUUCUACAUCCUUGGCGUCUUGGUUCUUGGAAUGGCUGUCCCGUAUGACAACGAGCAGCUUAUUGGAGCUACUAAACAAUCUACCAGUGGUGCUGCAUCCCCAUUUGUUGUUUCAGUUAGUCUGGCUGGAGUACAUGUUUUUGCCGACAUCAUCAACGGCUGUCUUCUGGUCUUUACACUUAGUGCAGCAAGCUCAGAUAUCUAUUGCGCUUCUCGGUCGCUUUACGGCCUUGCCAAAGAUCACCAGGCGCCACGACUAUUCGCAAAGGCUCGUGAGAAUGGUAAUCCCAUCUUCGCAGUCGGCUUCACUUGCUUGUUCAUUCUUCUGGGUUAUCUCAAUGCGAGCAAGUCUUCAUCAACAGUGUUUAGCUAUUUUGUCAGCCUGGUAACAGUCUUUGCUGUUCUCAAUUGGGUUGCAAUCUUGAUCACCCAUAUUCGCUUCCGUCAAGCGCUAAAGGCACAGGGAAUUGCUGUGGCCGAUCUUCCAUACGUUGGGUUCCUCCAGCCCUACGGCUCAUACUUUUCGCUGUUCAUUUCGCUUUUGGUUAUCAUUUUCAAUGGCUACGAUGCUUUCAUUCCCCACUUCAAGCCGGAGACGUUUGUCUUGAAAUAUCUUGGUACUGCAAUUUUCGUUUUCAACAUUGCGUGGUGGAAGAUUGCACAUAAAACCAAGUUCUGGUCGGCUAAAGAGAUAGACCUUACCACUGGUAGGCGACAGUGGGAGGAGACAGAGAGCAAGAAUGAUGCUGAAUGGAACAGCGGUUGGUUUAAGCGGGCUUUUAAGAAAUUUACUAGCUAA